AUGGCGGAAAAGCCAACCACCACCACCACCGAUAACACUGGGGGGAUUCACCAUGUUCCCUCCGGUGGGGACCCCGCACUCCCUGAAUCCCAUGCCCCCAAGGAAAUGACCGCCAAGGAAUAUGCGACCACUCGAUUUUCAACCCUCAAGCCACCCAUGCACAAGGCUCCCAAUCCUUUCAAGCUUCUUGCUAUGCUGAGUACCAAACAAUGGAUGUUUUUCCUCGUUGGCUUUACUGCAUGGGUGCGUCCAAUUCCCCACCCAACCUCCAAAACCUGGGAUGCAUUCGAUUUCUUCACUGUCAGUUUAACAGUAUCUGACCUUGCCGAGACAUUCGGCAAGACCAACACUGAUAUCACAUGGGGUAUCACUUUGGUGCUUAUGUUCAGGUCCGUAGGAUCAAUCGCCUUUGGUCUCGCCGCAGAUCGAUAUGGCCGAAAAUGGCCUUUCGUGGUCAACAAUGCCCUUUUCAUCAUCCUUGAACUCGGAACUGGUUUUUGCCAGACUUACAAGCAAUUCCUCGCCUGCAGAGCGUUGUUCGGUAUUGCAAUGGGUGGACUUUAUGGCAAUGCAGCUGCCACGGCUCUUGAAGACUGCCCCGAGGAAGCUCGUGGUCUUGUGUCCGGGAUGCUGCAACAAGGCUAUGCUUUCGGAUAUCUACUCGCAACUGCUUUUGCUAGAGGACUUGUGAAUACCACGUCGCACGGCUGGCGUCCACUGUACUGGUUUGGUGCUUGCCCCCCAGUCCUGAUUAUUAUCUUCCGACUUUGCUUGCCAGAGACCGAAUCAUACAUUGAGCGUGUAGAGGUUCGAAACGAAAGGGGUAACAUUGGUGCAACAUUCAUUGCUGAAGGAAAGGUCGCUCUUAAGCGUCAUUGGCUGCUUUUGAUUUACCUUGUGCUUUUGAUGGCCGGAUUCAAUUUCAUGUCCCACGGAUCACAAGACUUGUACCCUACAAUGUUGACAAACCAGUACAACUUCAGCCCCAAUGCAGUUACCGUAACUCAAGUAGUUGCUAAUCUGGGUGCAAUGUCGGGAGGUACCGUGAUUGGUUACUGUUCCCAAAUAUUCGGCCGACGAUUCUCCAUCAUCUUCAUCUCCAUCAUCGGGGGCGCUCUUCUCUACCCGUACACUUUUACCUCGUCCCACGCCGUCAUCGCCGCUGCCUUUUUUGAGCAAUUCUGCGUCCAGGGUGCAUGGGGAGUCAUCCCAAUCCAUCUCAUGGAACUCUCCCCCGGCUCCUUCCGCACAUUUGUCGUCGGAACAUCCUACCAACUCGGCAACCUCGUCUCCUCUGCUUCCUCGACCAUCGAAUCGACAAUCGGGGCUCAAUUCCCUCUGCCGCCCAAGAUCGGCAAGGGAGGAAAGAAGACCCCACGCUACAAGUACGGUCUCGUGAUGUGUAUUUUCAUGGGCUGUGUCUUCGCCUACGUCAUCAUCCUAACAUUCCUUGGACCCGAAUACCUGAAGCGCAGUUUCGAAGUCAGAGAUGAUGCGGAUAUCGCUGAGGCUGCUGGACAUAACACGAUCGAGGCGGCGAUGGCCAAGAUUCACAGAAGGGAGGCGAUGGGUAUGGGUAUUGAUCCUAUUGAUCGCGAGGACAUUGAUGCGAUUGAGAAAGGUACUUCUCAGCGUGUGGAAACCUCUACCUAG